AUGAGCGGACAGCAGGACGGAGAUAAGCCGGAUAAGUCUGGCGAGGCUGAUAUGGCCCAGGCAUUCAAAGAUCUUGCCCGAGGGGAGCAGACGGCAUCAGUCCUCGAGAACCAUUUGACGGCCCUCGAACGCAAGAUUGAUGAGCUGCUUGCCAAAGCCGACGAGGACCAGAGAGCCUCUCAACACCGUCCGGAGAUCAACGCGAACAAUUCUAAGCAAACCACGAGCGGAUCCUCGGAUGCGAGCGGCAGCUGA